AUGGCAGAAAGAAUACUACAAGAUAUAGCUGAACAAAAAAAGCGUCUUGCAAUAGCGCAAAUCAAUAAAAACAAGGAAGAGAAAGCAGAUGCCUACUACAAUCUAGGCAUAGCUUAUUUCUCCCUCAAGGACUUCCAUCGAGCAAUAGAGUACCUCAAGCAAUACUUGAGCAUUGCAGAGGAAGUCGGUAACAGAGCAGGAUCAGCAGGACGGGCCUAUGGCUAUCUCGGCUGUGCUUACGAUUCCCUCGGUGACUCCCAAAGAGCAAUAGAGUACCACAAUCAACGCCUCAGGAUUGCCAAGGAAGUUGGUAACAGGGCAGGUGAAGGAUGUGCCUUUGGAAACCUCGGUCUUGCUUAUCACCACCUUGAAGACUUCCAACGAGCAAUAGAGUACCACAAUCAACACCUCAGCAUUGCCAAGGAAGUUGGUGAAAGGGUAUGUCAAGGCAAAGCCUAAAACAAUCUCGGCCUUGCUUAUCACAACCUUAAAGAAUUCCAACGAGCAAUAGAGUACCACAAUCAAACCCUCAGCAUUGCCAAGGAAGUUGGUGACAGGGCAGCUGAAGGAUGUGGCUAUGGCAAUCUCGGCACUGUUUAUCACAGCCUUAAAGAAUUCCAACGAGCAAUAGAGUGCCACAAUCAACACCUCAGCAUUGCCAAGGAAGUUGGUGACAGGGUAUGUCAAGGCAAAGCCUAUGUCAAACUGGGCUUAGCUAAUCACAAACUCUAUGAAAUCCAAAGAGCAAUAGAGUACUACAAUAAAUACCUCAUCAUUGCCAAGGAAGUUGGUGACAGGAGUUGGCAAUGCAAAGGCUAUAUCAAUCUCGGCGAUAUUUAUCACCUUCUUGGCCAAUACGAACGAGCAAUAGAGUACACCAAUAAAUGCCUCAUCAUUGCCAAGGAAGAUGGUUACAGGGAAUGGGAAGGCGACGCCUAUUCCGAUCUCGGCAACAUUCAUCAAAGCCUUGAUGAAUUCCCACGAGCAAUGGAGUGCCACAAGAAACACCUGAACAUUGCCGAGGAAGUCGGUGACAGAGACGGAAAAAGAAGGGCCUAUGUCAACAUCGGCCUCGUUCAUGAAGCCCUCGGCGACGUGCCACGGGCAAUGGAGAACUACAAGCAAUCCAUGAGCAAUGCCGAGGAAACCGAUGACAGUUUUGGACAAGGAAGAGCCUAUUGCCGCCUCGGAAGUUGUUAUAGAAAACUCCACGACUUGAAGGAAGCAAUAGAGUGUUACAAGCAACACCUGAGCAUUGCCGAAGAAAUCGGUGACAGGAUGUCAGAAGCAAGUGCACAUGCCGGUCUGGGUCACUCAUUUUUGGAUUCACAUUCUUUGAAUGAGGCUUUAGAACAUUUUAGAUGCUGUGUUAAAAUCUGUGACACUAUAAGAGCCAAUUCUAUCUCGGAAGAUCAAUUGAAAAUAGGUUUCUGUAGGCAUCAUCAAUGUGCCUAUAAUCAUUUAUGGCAAAUUUUAGUAAUGCUUCAAAGGAAUGAUGAGGCUUUAUACGCUGCUGAGAGGGGACGGGCACAGGCUUUGCUCGAUGCCUUAAAAGUAACUUAUGGCCUUACAUCACUUUCUCCCAGGUCAAUUGAAUCUGAAGAAGAAGUCACGUAUAUUUCAAAGAACACAACUGUGUUGACAGUUUUUCUUUCCCUUGAAUUGAAAAUACUCAGUAUGUGGGUAUUGCGAAAAGAGGGCAACCCUGUUUUUAGGAAUGCGGAGUUUGAAAUUGGAGGUGCACACGAAGAUUCUUUUGCUCUCCUUUUAGACACUGCUUUGAAAAAAAUGAGGGCUGGCGUCGGUAUUAGGUGCGAAAAUCGGUCAAUGGAUCAGCUGAGUGACGACCCAACUUCAACUAUUCGAGACGAUGAUCAAACACCGCAGCCAUCACAGGAAACCACCGACGGUUUACAGCCAUUAUAUGAUGCAGUUAUUGGUCCCAUUGAAGAUUUGCUUGAUGGUGAUGAAUUAAUUGUAGUCCCUGACGGCGCUUUGUCUAAAGCUCCUUGGGCAGCCCUGAGUGAAACUUUAAGGAUCCGGACUGUUCCCUCACUGACCAGUUUGAAAGUCAUCACAGAUUCUCCAAUUGAAUACCACAGUAAAAGUGGAGCCCUGCUUGUUGGAGAUCCAUGCUUGAAGACAAUUACAGAUAAACGGGGGAACCCCAUUUAUGAUCCUCUGAAGUACGCAAGAAUGGAAGUGGAGAUGAUUGGAGAAAUUCAAAAGAGUCAAACUUUAACAGGUGAAGACGCAACCAAAGAAGCGGUACUUCAGAGAAUCGCGUCAGUUGCUUUGGUUCACAUCGCAGCCCACGGAAGGAAGGAAACUGGAGAAAUUGUUUUGGCUCCAGACCCCCGAUGGGGAUCCAAGACUCCUACAGAGGAGGACUAUAUUUUGAAAAUGUCUGAUAUCCAGGCUGUGAAGCUGAGAGCAAGGCUAGUUGUGUUAAGUUGCUGCCAUAGUGGUCAAGGACCGGUCUCGUCUGAGGGUGUGGUCGGUAUGGCACGUGCUUUCUUGUUCGCUGGUGCUCGUUCCGUGCUGUCGACACUCUGGGCAAUUGAUGACGAAGCCACAAUGAUGUUUAUGAAAUCUUUCUAUCAACAACUUGAAAGCGGAGAAAGUGCAAGUGUUGCUCUUCAGAGGGCCACGAAAUGUCUUCGAGACUCCCACGAUUAUUCCGCUCCAAAGUACUGGGCUCCUUUUGUUCUGAUGGGCGAUGACGUUAAGAUUGAAUUGGAAAAAGAGUCAUUGAGCAAGUCGUAA